AUGACAGACCAAAAGCAGAAAAGAGCUGUCGUCUCGUCGCUCAUCUUCUCUUUCCCAGAUGACGAGUCCUCCAAGCCCAAGGUAGCUCUGUUUCGCCGCAGCGACAAAGUAAGGACGUAUCCGCAUCACCUCGCCCCAAUCUCCGGUAGCAUCGAUCCGACCGACAAAGACCCCCUCACAGCCGCAUGGCGCGAGCUCCACGAAGAGACGACCCUCACCCCGGCAAACCUCACCCUCUGGCGCGUCGGGAAACCAUUCACCUUCAGCGACUCCACCGUCAACCGCGAAUGGACCGUCCACCCCUUCGGCUUCAAACUCAAACCCCCAAGCCAAGGCGGCCAAGGCGAGGCAGCAAUCCAGACCGACUGGGAGCACGAAAGCUGGGAAUGGCACGAUCCGGCCUCCAUCGUCGACGAUGAGGCCUUCGGCGGCGUGCCGCGCCUCCAUGAAACCCUGCGCCGAGUCUUCCCCGAAUGCGAGAUGAGCGAGCGGGCGGGGGAAGCCCUAGCGUCGGGACUGAAGACGCUGCGCGAGGACCAUAAGAGCGGGGCGCACGAGCUGACGAGUAUCGCGCUGACAGUAUUCCGGGAGGUCGUAUCGCAGACGCAUGAGAUAGACGAGAGGUGGUGGAGGACGGUGCGCAUGGCCGCGUGGCAUCUGAUCAAGAACGGCCGGGAGAGCAUGGGCGCCGCGACGCUCAAUGCGCUCCUCUCGGUGCUGGUAGCGCUAGACGGGAUCCUGAACGACACAACGACAGGCCCCGAGCAGAAUCAGAAACGGGACCGGAUAUUGUCCGCCAUCGACUCCCAUAUCGCAAAUCGGAAAACCAACACCACCCGCCUCAAGGACGUAUUCACCUCGUACAUCCAAUCGACCUUUCUGACGACGGAGCCAAAGCGAGACAGAAUCACUGUGCUCACCUUAUCCGCCAGCUCGACGACUAGGAACAGCAUCCUCGACGCCUUCGCCGCGCUAGACAUCUCCACGCUCGAACUGCGAAUCCUCGAAUCUAGACCGCUCUUCGAAGGCGCUACCCUCGCCUCCUCCAUCUACUCCCGCUUCCAGUCUGAGUUCCGCUCGAGGCCGGAAAAGAGACUUGAUAUCAAAAUCUACACGGAUGCAGCAGCUGCGUUGGCCGCUCAGAACAUCGACGUUGUCGUCCUCGGCGCUGACCGCAUCUGUUCGUCCAAGGGCGUAAGCAACAAAACAGGGUCAUUGCCCGUCGUGCUCAGUGCGAAACAUGUCACGCCAAGCGCGAAGAUCCUUGUUCUCAGUGAGCUGGAAAAGGUGGUUGGAGACGACGGGAUACUGGAAGAUAAAGUGGAGGAUAACGACCCCGACGAGGUAUAUAGUGCGUGGCGCAAUGAGAGUGUUGAAGGCACACAGGUGCUCGAAGAUGGCUCGACCACUUCCAAGGCAGACAGGGACAAUUCGGCAACCGUCCUAGUCAAGAAUAUCUAUUUCGAAUGGGUUCCGUUGACGUUGGUGGACGCCUUUGUGAGUGACGAAGGGGUUCUCGAUGAGACAAGCAUCGGAAUCAAGUCACAGCAGCUAGGAAAGCUGGCAAGUAAAUACUUUGAUGACUUAUGA